GUUAACUGUAACUACAACGGGCAGGGCGGAACUGCUGUUCGCAGUAUGCCGAAGGAAGACGGAAAGUUAGACAGAGUUACAGUUUAACUAAAUAGCUAAGUAACUUGUCAACAUGUCAGUGUGCUAGGUGAAACCCCCGGUUUUUCGACUUUGCGACUUGUUUCUGGUUGUCUGGGAGGUGUUUGAACUUCCCUCACAUUCUCCACAACGUAUUUUCACGAAGGGAGGCGGCGGUGGAGCGCUCGGCAGCCAUCUUUGGAGCUGGGCUGGGAGUGGGAUUCGACUAUUCUGGCACCCCAGAUACUUCGAGGGUGGGGAUUUUAACCUACAAUUAUUCGUAAAUGUGCUCGUUAUAAUCGACUGACAGCGUCACGAACCGCAAGGAUUCAGUGUUCGAAAUUACUGCGCCGGGGAUGAAACGGGAAGAAUACUUUAUAAUCCCAAACUGUUUUGAAUUACACGACAUUCUCUACAGUGCUGAAACCUGGCCUGUCAGGAGAGGCUCUGAACACACAUGAGACCACUGUCCUGCAGAUGAGCCAUCGGUGGGGGCUUUCAAGUCGCUGUCGCAGACCCAGAUAGUUCCUGGCGGCAGCGGCAUUGCCCCCCCCCAACUCCCCAUUAUGCCCAACAGCAGUCGGGCGGGGAGCCUGAAGGACCCCGACGUUGCUGAGCUCUUCUUCAAGGAGGACCCAGAAAAGCUCUACUCAGAUCUGCGUGAGAUUGGACAUGGCAGCUUUGGUGCUGUAUAUUUUGCACGGGAUGUGCGGACAAAUGAGGUGGUGGCCAUCAAGAAGAUGUCUUACAGUGGAAAGCAGUCCACUGAGAAAUGGCAAGACAUAAUCAAAGAGGUGAAAUUCCUGCAGAGAAUACAACACCCAAACAGCAUAGAGUACAAAGGCUGUUACCUGCGAGAGCACACGGCCUGGCUGGUGAUGGAGUAUUGUCUGGGCUCUGCUUCUGAUUUGUUAGAAGUUCACAAGAAACCUCUGCAAGAAGUUGAAAUAGCUGCAAUUACCCAUGGUGCUCUUCAAGGGUUGGCUUAUCUUCACUCCCACAACAUGAUUCACCGAGAUAUCAAGGCGGGGAACGUCUUGCUGACGGAGCCGGGGCAGGUAAAACUAGCGGAUUUUGGCUCUGCCUCCAUCGCCUGUCCUGCCAACUCCUUUGUUGGGACUCCAUAUUGGAUGGCCCCAGAAGUAAUUUUAGCUAUGGAUGAGGGCCAGUAUGAUGGAAAGGUGGACAUUUGGUCUUUGGGAAUAACCUGCAUUGAAUUAGCUGAGAGGAAGCCUCCACUGUUCAACAUGAAUGCAAUGAGUGCCUUAUACCAUAUAGCACAGAAUGAGAGCCCCAUGCUGCAGUCUAGUGAAUGGACGGAUUAUUUCCGAAACUUUGUAGAUUCUUGCCUUCAGAAAUUCCCCCAGGAUAGGCCGAACUCUGAGGAGCUUUUAAAGCAUGCAUUUGUCCAGCGUGAGCGACCAGAAUCAGUUCUAAUAGACCUGAUAAGUCGGACUAAGGAUGCAGUGCGGGAGCUUGACAAUCUGCAGUAUCGCAAAAUGAAGAAGCUCUUGUUUCAGGAAGCCCAUAAUGGCCCCACAACGGAGGCACAAGAUGAAGAUGAGGAGCCAGAACACAGCGUGGGUAGGACGGGUACAGUGAACAGUGUUGGGAGCAACCAAUCCAUACCCAGUAUGUCAAUCAGCGCCAGUUCACAGAGCAGCUCUGUCAACAGUCUAACUGAUGCAGGCGAUGACAAGAGCGAGGUGGACGUUGAGGGAGGCCACACAGUCAUGUCCAACAGCUCGGUAAUACACCUCAAACCGGAGGAAGAGACGUAUAAAGAAGAAUCGGAGCCUAACACCCGGCCAACUGAGCCACAGUCCCCGCCUGUACACACUCCGCGGCCAAAACGGAACCGCGAACACUUUGCUACUAUACGCACAGCCUCUGUGCUCACUCGCCAGAUUAAGGAGCAUGAGCAGGAUUCUGAGUUAAGGGAGCAGAUAAUGGGCUACAAGCGCAUGAGACGGCAGCACCAGAAACAGCUGAUGGCUCUGGAAAACAAGCUGAAGGCUGAGAUGGAUGAGCACAGACUCCGCCUGGACAAGGAGCUGGAGAACCAGAGGAAUAGCUUUGCCCAGGAGAUGGAGAAACUGAUCAAGAAGCACCAGGCGUCCAUGGAGAAAGAUGCAAAAACCUUUUCCAACGAUGAAAAGAAGUUCCAGCAACAUAUUCAGAGUCAGCAGAAGAAAGAGCUCAACAGCUUCCUUGAAUCCCAGAAACGGGAAUACAAACUUCGCAAGGAACAACUCAAAGAGGAGUUGAAUGAAAACCAGUCAACACCCAAGAAAGAAAAGCAGGAGUGGUUGUCCAAGCAGAAGGAGAACUUCCAACACUUCCAAGCUGAGGAAGAGGCCAACUUGCAGCGCCGACAGAGGCAGUAUCUGGACCUGGAGUGCCGCAGGUUCAAACGGAGGAUCUUGAUCGCCCGCCACAAUAUUGAACAGGACUUAGUGCGUGAGGAGCUAAACAAGCGUCAGACCCAGAAGGACUUGGAACAUGCCAUGCUUCUUCGGCACCAUGAGUCCAUGCAAGAACUGGAGUUCCGCCAGGUCAGCACCAUCCAAAAGACCAGGGCGGAGCUCAUCCGUCUGCAGCACCAGACGGAGCUCACCAAUCAGCAGGAGUACAACAAGAGGAGGGAGAGGGAACUUCGACGCAAACAUGUUAUGGAGGUUCGCCAGCAGCCCAAGAGCCUCAAGUCCAAAGAGCUACAGAUCAAGAAGCAGUUCCAGGACACAUGUAAGAUCCAGACCAGGCAGUACAAAGCACUAAGAAACCAUCUGUUGGAGACCACGCCAAAGUCAGAGCACAAGGCUGUCCUUAAACGGCUGAAGCAGGAGCAGCACCGCAAACUUGCCAUCCUGGCAGAGCAGUAUGACCACUCCAUCAAUGAGAUGCUUUCCACACAGGCGCUUCGUCUGGACGAGACUCAGGAGGCUCAGUGCCAAGGCCUACGAAUGCAGCUACAGCAAGAGCUGGAGCUUCUCAACGCUUACCAGAGCAAGAUCAAAAUGCAGACUGAUGCCCAGCACGAGCGCGAGAGGAAGGACCUGGAGCAGAGGGUGUCACUCCGAAGGGCCCUACUGGAACAGAAGAUUGAGGAAGAGAUGUUAUCCCUGCAGAAUGAACGCUUGGAGCGAAUCCGGAGCCUGCUGGAACGUCAAGCCCGAGAAGUUGAGGCUUUUGACUCCGAGAGUAUGCGCCUGGGCUUCAGCAACAUGGUGCUAGCAAACAUCUCCCCAGAGGGCCUCAGCCACAGCUUUCCAGGGGCUCCAGCAAGUUGGAGUCACCAUCAGCAGCAGCAGCAGCGGCCAUCCGGGAGCUCUCCAGGGUCCCACUGGGGCAGUGUUGGUUCGGCCGCAGGGGCGAGCCACCAUGGCAGCCAUCACAACUAUCACUCCAGUCCGGGAGGGGCACCUAUGCAGCAAUGCUGGGGGCAGGGCAUGCAGGGAGGUGGGGUUCCAUCACCGUGGGGCCACCCAUCGGCAGGAGCCCUGUCCCGUAGCAGUGGAGGUGUACAGAACAGCCCCCAAGCAAUGGGGAGGACACCCUCAGGAGGGCGCAGUGAGCAGAGCAUGAGCAGGAGUACCAGUGUCACCUCUCAAAUAUCUAACGGGUCACACCUCUCCUACACAUAGAUCCCCCAUCAGCCCUGGUGUUGGAAUUUGAGCGUGGAGAAUGUAGAAUCCAGUAACCCCCCCCGUACAGAUGUGGAUGUGCGAUGAAUUAAAUGUUGCUCAGGUCGAAAAGGGCCCACAAAAAGACGCAGCCCAUCCUCACGGCAGUUUAUCGGCACACGUACAGAUCCUUAAAUUUAUGUUACAUAAGCAAUUUGAGUGUCAACACAAAAUAGUCCCAUUUGCUUUUAUUUACAGCUCGCUCCUGCUAAAGUUUUAAAAUAUAUGUUUUGUGCUAUCCACAGCCAUUGCUCUCAUUUUGCACAUGAAACACUGUUGAAACGCCUUUGACGUGUGUUAACAAUGUCCUAAGAAAUGUGGCAUCAAACAAUCACGGUAUUCUCAUUUCAUUUAGGAGCCCCUCUCUUUCACUCACCCGAUUCCUAUUCAUUCACACACUGGUCAGUUUUGCUGGCGAUUGUUAAAACCGCAGCAGACCAGACUAAAGCUGCUUUGCUGUUGUGAUGCCAGCCUGCUGUAAUGGUCCUUGUGAGAAAUGAGAUGCCUCCUUCUACUCAGUAGUUUUAUUUCACCUGAUUUCCUGGUCAUCAGCCAAAAUGAGACUUCAGCAAAUUCAGAGCCAAAUAACCUAAUGUUAGCAGUGUUAGUGCUCCAACACUACUACAGUGCCUUUUUAAACCUUUUUUGAUUAAAAAAAAUCUGUCUCAGAUGUUUAUAGUUUAUUUUAAAUUGUAUCAUUAGUGCCAGUGUAUGUUUAGUUUGAUUUUAGUUCCAGAGGUCCCGAAUACUUUUCUCAGAUUAUUAUAUUCACUGUGUGUGCAGUAAAGUCUUAUAAAUGGUGAGGAAUAGAAAAUUGCUUUAGCAGUAACUAUAUAUUGAGGUCUUUGGAGUUGUGGUACUCUAGGGGAGAACUUGGAAACCCCUGCGUUGCAGAGAAUGUCCUUGGACACAUUCACAGGCGGAAUUGUGAGGGGGAAACAAUUUGCGAGAUUAAUUUGAGAUUAAUUUGCCUUCAAAAACAAUCCUAGUAUUGAUCUGUUGAUUUUUAUUAGUGCCUUUUUAAACUGCUGCCUUGUUCAAAGCACUUUAUACAGCGGAAUAUGUGUAAAAUUAAAACGUUACUUCUGUUUGCAAAGCACCUGGUGGAGGAGUGUUUUCAUCGGUACGCAUGUACUUAAGUUGAGGAGUCGAGCCAACCCGCGCUGUGAUUUUUUUUUUUUUUUUUUUUUUUUUUCUUUCGUCGUGUAGCAAUUUCACAAGUAGAGACAAGACCUAGUGUAUGCAAACAGACAGUAUGCAAGUGAAAGCAUUUCCCCCCUUUCUGCAGCUUUUACUGUGUGUUGAAACUAAAGCUGCUCCUCCUCUCCUCCUCUGCGUUUCAUGCUAGAGGAUGUGAGGAUGCUGCAGGCUUUUUAGUUAUGUUUUUGAAUACAGUUUCCAUAGAACAAAUUGAACUAAGUCUGCGGAGGAGAGUCUAUUAUGUGCAGCAGGUGGAAAGGUUAAGGCAAUUAUCAUGACCAUAACAGCAGGCUUGGCACCAACAAGAAAACUACAACACUGUUGAAAAAUGUUGGGGCCCAGUUAAGUACACUAAAAGUAAGGUGCUAUGUCAUAAUUGUUACACCAUCUCAUCGAGACCCAAAAACAAGGGUGACUGAAUCAAGCACAUGCUCACAUGAUGACAAUAUAUUAUAGAUACAUGUAAAUGUAAAAUUUGAUUCAGCGCACUCUCUGGGAAAACAGCCAAAAACAAAAAAAUGUGGCAAAAAAGCACUUAGGUAUUCCUUUGAUAGCUCAAGCAGUUCCUCUGAUAAUGUGUCUCUGCUCACUCCCUCCUCUCUGGUUUGUGGUUGAAAUAUCAUUGGAGAAACACCCUUUAAACCCUGUAACAGCCUCUCUGUUCCACUUUGGCUUUCAAUUUCUAUAUCCAUACGGAGACUUUAACACAUUAUAUUGAAAAGGCCAUUAAAGUUAAUGAUCUAGAGAUAAUAACGAUUUAUGCUUCCUUGAAAUACAAAGCUGGAGUUAAAUGUGCAUAUGUGUAUAUUUUAUUAAAGAAAACGUAUAAAAACUAAACUCACAUUUAAAGUAAAAUAAAUUCUAAAACUAACUUUAUUUAACUGACAGACCACACUGAUGUUAGCAAACCUUUCACUCUCAAAGUGGUUUUGAGUUGUCUGGACAUAGCUCGAUGAAAGAUAUUCUUGGUUUUGUGUACACAGACCGAAUUUCUCAUAUGCAUAUGUUUGCUGUCAUCUUCUUAAGUGGCACUUCUUUAGUCAGGCGGCCAUUUCUGAGCUUUAUCACGGCAAAAUUUGUUCUCCACCACUGCACACGUUUGAUAAUUUGUCCCCAUUCCACUCAGAAUCAGAGCCACCUUUUCAGAGGCUGGCUCUUUCUGAAUGUCAUAAUGUGAUAUAUAUCACAUUUGAGGACACACAAAAUGCUUUUUCUUAAAUAGGUGGGAUGUUGAUUUUCCACGUGUAUAUAUCCUAUCCUUGAAAGUAUGCAUUAUAUGAAGUUACAUAUGGUUUAGUCCCAAAACUUAAUUUUUUUUAAUGCCAAGUAACUGGUUAAGUUACUGUAAUACAGCAGGUUAUAUUUAUCAUUUCCUUUCUGAUUUAUGGAUAUUUGGUGAAGAAAAGGGGAAUGUAUUUAUCAUGAUCAGAAUCUUACCUUUAGUCAAAAGCCAAGGCCAAGUGUUUGAAUGUCAGGCCAAUCAAACCUCACCUCCAUGCCAACCUUAAGUUUGUGUGCGCAACUUUUGUUCACUUUCAUGUCAACGUUGUGUGUGAGGGCGUCUGGAUACUGUUAUCAAUCAUUGUCUGUUAUGAGACCUCUCCACAACCCUGGAUUUUAUUUUAUUUUAUUUUAUUUUUUGCUUUAACUUUGAUGUCAAAUUUUGUCCUACUGACUGAAAGCUUAUGGGAUACCGAUUGAGAAACGGCAACAACAAAAAAUGGCGAUCCUUUCUGUGGUCAAACACUGUGCCAUACCUGAGUUGCCAAGCCAACAUGCCACUGCAUUGUCUCAUCUCCAUGGUUCACCCAUCAGUAGGCGGAUGGCAUGAAAUGUAUAAAAACAAGUUGGUUCUGCUCUAGGGGCCAAAGUGAAAAGGCUUGAAAAGAUGUUGUGGUGACAGGCAAAUUAUGAAAGAGAUUGCAUUUCCUUGAAGAUGUCAGUAUUCUUCUUUGGCACAUUACCACUACAACCCAUAACCUGUAUUAAAAUGUAUAGAUGGUGGAACUUGUUAUUGAAUGUCAGAGAUUAUGAAGAUACUACAUAAGAGAUGGUAAAGUACUAAACGUGGAUUUAAAUUGUGUACAAAAGAUACAUUAAACAGAAUAAAAAUAGGAUCAAAUUUACUAUUUUGUUUGUAUAAUAUUUACCAUUGUGUUGGCAGAGGGAUAUUGAACAGAAAUCAGCUGUAAUAAAGUAAUUUUAGUAUAA